GCGAGUUCUGGAGGUUAUUUUGAAAGUGACCCCCUCACUCACUCACUGCCGCGGACCGCACACAGCUGUCGGGAAACAUGACACAAGAUGACGGAUACGGUUGUCGUAGAGGGACAAGUCAAACUCCGAGAAGGGAAAAAGUGGAAAAACAGAUGGGUGAUUCUUCGGAAACCUUCGCCGGUAGCAGACUGCCUGUCCUUGCUGGUGUAUAAGGAGCGGGGAGAGAAAAGCAAAGGCCAGCGAGAGAGGAAUCAGGCCACACUGAGGGAUAUCUGUGGACUGGAGGCUCUUCAAGGCUUUGAUGGAGUAAAUUAUGCUCUCAGUCUGCUCUGCCUGAGCCAGUCUGUCAUGCUGGGCUUCGACAACAGAGUGUCUCUUCUGGCCUGGGAUGCUCGGAUCCGCUACAGCCUUGGAGAGGUCCACAGGUUUAACGUCAACAUCCAGCCUGGCACCAAACUAGAAAGUGGCCCGGCCUCCCUGCAUUUGUGCAACAACCUGCUUGUCGUUGCCAGAGACCUCCCUCCAACCGUCAUCGGCCAAUGGAAGCUGUCGGACUUAAGACGUUACGGUGCCUUUCCUAAUGGAUUUGUGUUUGAGGGCGGGACAAGAUGUGGCUACUGGGCCGGUGUUUUCUUUUUUGCGUGUGCAGAUGGAGAACAGAUCAGUUUUUUGGUGGAUUGCAUCGUUCGUGGCAUUUCACCAAGCAGAGGGCCGUUUGGACUGCGGCCAGUCCUGCCAGACCCCAAUGCUAACCCGUCGUCUAUAGAAGACCGGAUUAGCCAGGAGGCCAGUGAGUUGGAGAAAAGACUCAGCAUGCUGUCUAUUUGUAGUCACCACAGCAGUGCAGCCUCCACCUUCAGUUAUGGCGCCUCUUUGGCAGGAGAUGAUCGAAGUAUCUCCAGCUCGUCCUCUGAGGCCAGCCAUUCUGAUAACAGCCUGGGCAGCCGCCUGGCGAUCUGGCCGGAGCCAGUCAGACACCCCACCCCUGUCGAACCACCACCGCCACCACCAUCAUCAUCUCAUUUAUUGGUUACAGGAUGUAAAAGUACAGCCUGUUCAGUCAGUACAACCAGUGACGAGCGCAUAUAUGGAGUCAUGAUGGGGGGGUUUCGGCCCCCGUCCAAACCCCCUCACCCUAGAGGCCUUCAGGAGGCGGGACGGCAGAGCUCCACAGACAGCGGUAUCGCCACCGGAAGCCACUCCUCAUAUUCUGGAAGCUUCUCCUCCUACACUGGGAGUAUGGAUAUUGGCCAUGGAGAGACUGAUGAGUUUGGAUCCUUAACAAGCCUUCCUCAACACCCCAAUUCAGUGUCUAUUAUAAACACUCCAGUAAGGACAGUUCCCCUGAUUCCUGAGGACAACCCAUGUGUGUGUUCCCUCAGAGAGGCUGAUCAAACACAGGCCAACGCGUACACAAGUUCACCUCUGCAGCAUUACGAUGUACCUCGCAGGUUCCUACAGCUUAGUCAGGAACAGUUUUUGACUGGCAUUGUCCAGGACCGAGGGUCUGAAUGUGGAGCGGAGGGUGUAACUGCAGACGACGUCAUAAGACAGACUGUCACAAGGAGAUUGAACUCUUGCGGAGUAGAAGCAGUGCCACCUGAAGGUCCCACUACAACACGCUUACAACCCAUCACCUGUCCUGACUGUGGGGGACGAAAGGUGGAAGAGAAAAGCAGUUCUGAGCAGAAAGCUGACGCAGAUCCAAAAGGCAAUUAUGAACAGAUGGCAUUGAGGAGUGAUUUGUCCAGGUGGACACAGUUCAGAUCCGGAGAGUAUGGAGAGGCCGGACUGACAUUCACCGACAGAGCUCAAGGUGAUUCUGUGAAUUAUGUCAACAUCCCCAUCAGUCCUACAUCUAAACGACAGCUGCACUAUAUGGAGCUGGAUCUGCAGGACCGUCCUGAAUCAAGCCACACUAUCAGAGCGGCUGGCUCCAGCACUAAAUAUGCCCACAUUGACAUCACUGCGACAGAGACGGCACAGAGGGUUGGUGCCCAGCAUGCACAGGGCAGAGAGGACAGACUGCUGGAACUAGAGCACAAGAGGAGAGGAACACUCACAUAAACACAAACACACACGGUCUUUUAAUAUGAGGAUUUUUCUUUCCAUUUAAGCCCAGAAAUAUUAGUAUUUUUUACUGAAGAGAAUUAAGGAUGAUUCUUUUUCAAUUGGUCUCUGACCUUUACAUUUGGAUUUUAAUAAUGGCUAAACUUUAAAAUGAUAAGAGUAUAGAUUUAGUAUGAAAUAUUUAACCUGCAGCCAUGUAUCUGGAAAUGUGGCAGCACUUUUAAUUUUUUUUAAAUGUAAAAAUAUUCUUGAUGUCUUUUUUUUUUAUUCUGUCAAAAUUGUUAGCGGACUUAAGCUUCUUAAUUUCCUUUUCUCUCAGACCUCCUCAAAAAAGAUGACUAGGUUUUAACCACAUUUUCACAGCCUGAUCUACAGAAAACUACAGUUAUUUCAUGAUAAGAAUUUCAUUGGCAUUUUUUCUUAAAUGUUUUUACUCAUUGCGAUGCUGAAAUAUGUUAGACAAAUGCAAAAUAUAAUCGCUUUUAUUAGUGGUCUCUUUACGCUCCACUAUAUAUAUCAGUGGUUCUAAAGAUUAUUUACCUUAUCAUCACACACAACCAAAAUACAAAGUGAAGUGCAACCCUCCAAUUUUAUUUAUUUUUUAUAAAAUUGAUCAAUUAGCAGAUGUGACUGACAGUGUAAUGUAAUAUAAUGUGUGUAUA